AUGUUGGGCAGAGUCAUCCUCGCAGCGGCGUUAAUGCUGAAUCCCACCGGAGGCCUCGCUACGCCGGCCCCAGAUCUCGUGGGCCUAGAGAAACUCUGGUCCUACGGGCACUCGGAGCCUGUCUACCCGACAUCCGAGACCAGAGGCUUAGGGAACUGGACAAACGCAUAUGCUCAAGCCAAGAAGCUGGUAGCUCAGAUGACCGCCGAAGAGAAGAGCAAUGUCACGUACGGAUAUGCUUCAACCAGUAAUGGCUGCUCUGGAAACUCGGGCAGUGUUCCGCGGCUCGGGUACCCUGGAAUCUGCCUACAGGACGCAGGCAAUGGGGUCCGUGGCACCGACAUGGUGAACAGCUACGCCUCGGGCAUCCACGUCGGCGCAUCGUGGAACCAGCAGCUCGCCUAUGAUCGGGCAAAAGAAAUGGGGAGGGAGUUCAAGAGGAAGGGGGUGAAUGUCGCGCUCGGACCUGUAGUGGGCCCUUUGGGUCGUAUCGCUCGAGGUGGCCGGAACUGGGAGGGCUUUGGCAAUGACCCGUACCUCUCGGGGGUUUUAGCAGGCGUUACUGUCCGUGGACUACAAGAGUCUGUGAUAGCAUGUGUCAAGCAUUUCAUUGCCAAUGAGCAAGAGACCAGUCGCAACCCGCCCUUACUCACCCCGGGUGCGCUCAAUCAGUCGGUGUCAUCGAACGUGGACGAUAAAACACUACACGAGCUCUAUCUCUGGCCCUUUCAAGAUGCCGUCAAAGCUGGGGUCGGGUCCGUGAUGUGCAGCUACAACCGGAUCAAUAACAGCUACGGGUGCCAAAACAGCAAGACGAUCAACGGUCUUCUGAAAGGCGAACUGGGGUUCCAAGGGUUUGUCGUUUCCGACUGGUACGCGCAGCAUAGUGGUAUAUCGAGUGCUGCCGCUGGAUUAGAUCUAGCCAUGCCAGACUCGCCAUACUGGGCUAAAGGUUCGUUGGCCGCUGGCGUUCGCAAUGGUUCACUCUCGUCGAGUCGGCUGGACGACAUGGCCAAGAGAAUCCUAGCGGCCUGGUACAACUACGCCGAGUUGGACCACCCCGGUUCGGGAAUGCCUGUCAGCCUGCUGGAGCCACAUGAGCUAAUAGAUGCUCGGGAUCCGGCAUCGGAGAAGACCCGGGGUGCCCUCCCGCUCCGCAAGCCCAAGUUCGUUUCGCUCUUCGGCUACGAUGCCGUGGCCGCGCCACGUCACAUGCCCGAUCAGCUCCCAUUCAGUCUCUGGUCGAUGGGCCUCGAUAACAGUCUCGUGUAUCCGAAUGGGUCGGCGAUCGAUGACGCCGCUCUAAUGUCGAUCUUCACCUCUAGCCGUCAACCCAGCGAUUAUGGCCCUGGCGUGGCCUUGAAUGGGACUCUUUUCUCUGGUGGAGGGUCGGGGUCAAACACUCCAUCCUACAUCGAUGCACCGUUUGAUGCUUUCCAGCGACAGGCCCGACGUGAUGGGACGUUUUUGGCGUGGGACUUCGUAUCGGCCGCCCCUCGCGUGAACCCUGCGAGCGACACUUGUGUCGUCUUUGUGAAUGAGCAGUCGUCCGAAGGUUGGGACCGUCCAUCCUUGGCCGACGCAUACUCCGAUCGGCUCGUCGAGAACGUCGCAGACCAAUGUGCCAAUACCAUGGUCGUGAUCCAUAACGCCGGUGUCCGUCUUGUUGACCGCUGGGUGGAUCAUGCGAACAUCUCGGCUGUCAUUUAUGCGCACCUCCCCGGCCAGGACACCGGUGGUGCCUUGACCGAGGUGAUGUACGGGAGACAGUCUCCGUCCGGUCGCCUCCCUUACACUGUUGCUAAGACGGAAACCGACUACGGCUCACUCCUCGAUCCAACCGUCCCUGUGGGUGAUUCGAACGCCUAUUACCCCCAGGAUAACUUUUCAGAAGGAGUCCUGAUCGAUUACAGAGCCUUUGAGGCAACCGGUAUCUCUCCGCGCUUCGAGUUUGGCUACGGACUCACCUACACUACCUUUAAAUAUUUCGACCUACGGAUUACGGCGCAGAAGGCACCGAGCAGGGAAUACCUCGCCCCAGGUAUUAGUAUCGAUGAAGGCGGCUUAUCCUCACUCUGGGACGUGGUUGUCGCAGUUAAAUUCACUGUUGAAAACACCGGGGCCGUGGCUGCAGCCGAGGUACCACAGCUUUACGUCGGAAUCCCAGGCGGGCCAGCUAAGGUUCUACGGGGGUUCACCAAGCAGCUUGUACAACCGGGUAAGCGCGCCGCCAUAGUGUUUGAGCUCACACGGCGAGAUCUUAGUGUCUGGGACGUGGAGGCACAGAAUUGGGGGCUACAGCCCGGCCCGUACGCUCUCUAUGUGGGGAAAAGCGUCCGAGACAUCCAGCUCACGGGGACAUUGGCUCUUUGA